AUGAAAUAUGUCCAACAUGCAUCUAGGGAGAUCAAAUCAUACCUAUCAAAACACAUUUCCCUCACCAAUCUCCGAUUAUCAGCAUUUGUACUAUCACUUCUAUCAUGCAUUGUCACGGGCUCCAUCCUUCUAUUCACGCUCUACACGCCAACAUUCCACCACAUAAUCGGACUAACUUAUUUCCAAAUCAACUUCAUCGCCUCGAUCUCACUAGGGGCAAUGUACUUGUGCUUGCCGGUAUUGGGCUAUUUGUCAGAUUGCUACGGACCGCUGAUCUUAUCAUUUUUGUCGAUGUGGCUCUUUGUGCCUAGCUACGCCUUGAAUAGCUGGCUCCUAUCGUGGAACUGUUCGCUGGUUCCCCUUUUCAGCAUGACGUUCGGCAUGAUUGGCUUAGCCACCUCGUCGCUUUAUUUCUCAAGUCUCUUGACUUGCGCCAAGAUUUUCCCCCACCAAAAGGGGUUAGCUAUAUCAUUACCCGUGACAUGCUAUGGCCUAAGCGCGCUUUUAGGAUCGCAGGUUUUGAAAAUGGACUAUUUCCAUCUCAGUCGGGAAACGUACAAGAGCGGCGAUGACAGGAGCGACUUGCUCAAUUUGGUGCGCGUGUUUAAAUUCUUUGCCGUGUUGUAUUCGGUGGUGGGUAUACUGAGCUUCAUUUCGAGUUCGGUGGCUAUCGUGGAGCAGGAUGCGAUAUUUGGCGAGAUUGAAGAUAUAAUGAGCAGCAACAAUAGCAUUCCUCCUUCUUCAGCUGCUAAUGGGACAUCUGAAGAACAGGAUGAAAACGCGCCGUUGUUGCGCGGCGAAGACUUGGCACCCCAGAGAUCGCUCGACCCACCAAACCAUAAAAAGCGAUACAUCAACUUUCUCAAGGACGUCUCCGCAUGGUUACUCCUCGUAUCGCUCAUAUUAAACGUUGGUCCAUUAGAAAGCUAUCAGAACAACUUGAGCUCCAUCUUAUCCUUCAUCAACACCGCCUCAUCGCCAGUAUCCAACAACAACAACAAUAAAAACAUAGGCACGGGAUCAGACGUGUCCGACAAAGUGAGCCUCCUCGCGACCGCAUCAACCUUAUCGCGUCUCGUGCUCGGCGUCCUCUGCGAUUUCUUCCAACAAAAGCAAAUCGACAUCCUCUGGCUCCUCGUAGCCGUGAUCAUCCUCGGCAUCGUGGGCCAAUGGUUCAACAACAUCGUGCUCAACGGCGUCGCCUACGGUGGACUAUUCACUACGUAUCCGACGGUUGUAGCGUCGGUAUGGGGCAUAGACUUGUUAGGGUCUACGUGGGGUUCGUUCAUGGUUGCGCCUGCGAUUGGCUCAAUCAUGUAUUCGUUACUCUAUGGUCUCGUUGCUGACCUGAACAAGGACAAUAUUGCAAUGUAUUUCAAAGUCACUGCGUUCUCGUUAUCGAUAAGCUGCAUCUUGGUCUUGGUUGCAUUUAGAGUCUGGCGUAAACGUGGUCAAUUAUUUUCAUAA